AUGUCAAUUCCAAACGAAACAUUACGCAAGGUUCUUUUAGAACUACAAAAUAAAUUUGUCGAAGAUAAUAAAAAACUUACUUCAGUAAAAACGCAAAUACAAACGAAGGAACGAGAUAAACGUUUAGCUGAACUGACAAAACGGGAAUUAACAACUUUAGAUUCGGAUACUAGAACUUAUAAAUCUGUCGGUAAAGCAUUUAUCAAAACAGAUUUAUCAGUGUUGAUGACGGAACUUGAUACACGUGUUAUAAAAGCCGAAAAAGAACUAAAUGAUUUAGAUAAAACCAAAAAACAUUUAGAAAGAAAUGUUAAUGAGUCACAAAACGCUUUAAGAGAAAUUACCACUAUUCGUUGA